AUGUACAACAUUGCCGGACAGGUCUCACACAAUGCCGCUGUUCGCAGUGCUAUUGCCAUGAACUUGUUUGACUUCAUUCCUCAUGAUGGAAGCGAGAUCAGCCUCGAUGAGCUCUCCAAGAAGCUCGGUGGCGCCAACAAGGAGCUGUUGGGACGCAUCCUCCGUGCCUGCGCCAGCACCCAUCUCUUCGAACAAACCGGCGUUGAAACCUACAAACAAAACAUUCUCUCCCGGGCCUACCUCACGGACGACAACAUCCCCCUCGCUGCUCAAAUGUACGACUUCAUCAGCCACGCUAUCCUCGCUAUCCCCGAGUUCGGCUCCCAAACGGACUGGAAGCAUAUUGGUGACUACAACCAUGGUCCCUUCCAGGUCGGCUUCCGUACCGAAUUGGGAUACAUGGAGUACUUGCAGGCCAAUCCCCAACGCAUUAAGUCCUGGAAUGCUGGUAUGCGUUUGGGACGUAUUGGUCACCGCACCAGUGCAUUCCCUUUCCAGAAGGCGUUGAAGCUUAACCCCCCUACUGCUGAAGGCGGAAUUGCCGUUGUGGAUGUUGGUGGUGGUCGUGGUCAGGCAUUGGAGGGUAUUCGCCAGGAUUACCCUGGCAUCAAGGGACGCAUGAUUUUGCUUGAUUUGCCUGAAGUCAUUACUGAUGCUAAGAACAGCGGUCUGCCUCCAUACAUUGAGACUGCACCUGGAUCGUUCUUCGAUCAUCUGCCACAGGGGGCACGUGUAUACCACUUCCGCCGAGUCCUCCACAUCUGGAGCCAGCAAAUGGGCAAAGACCUCCUCGAAAAUGUUAAGAAGUACAUGGACAACUACUCGCGUAUCAUCAUUGCCGACAUGGUCCUCGCCGACGUUGGCUGCCUGCGCGAUCUUGCCAUGCAGGACCUCAACAUGAUGAGUCUGAGUGGAAGGAGUUAA